AUGGAUUAACAUCCUAAUAUUUGUCCAGCACCUUCCUUUUACCUAGAGAAGUGUAUUCAAAAUAGAAAAAGAUUGUUGGAGCAAUAUAAAAACACAAAUUUUAACAAAUCUUACCCCUCUAUUCAAGAAAGUUCUGAAUAAUCCAUUUAUACAAAUGAGCCUCUUUAACAUUAAUCUGUUCAAGAGAACAUAAAUUAAUAAGACAAUAGUGGAUGUUCUGAGAUUCUAGAACCAGAAAUUCAGUAAAUCAAAAAAAACAAUUAAACCAAUCAAAAGAAAUUCCUUCUAUAAAUUAAAUUCAAAACCAAGAUUUAGUAAUAAACAAAGUCUAAUGAUGAACUACCAAAUUUAUCAAUUGAGUAAACUGCAGAAAAUGUUGACAAACAAAUAAUAAGCAAGAAUUCAAACACUGUUGAAACUCAAACUGAUUUCUCCUGUAAUUAAAAUUUAGAAAAGUAACAAUAAUAGCCUAAAGUGAUUGAUGAUCAGUGUCAAACAACUGAAGAUAUUCCAAUUCAAACCUUAAUUAUCUAAUAAAUGAAGGAAGAUGCUUUAAAACCAAAUAAAUAAUGGUAUUCAAUAAACUUAAAUUCGUCAAUACACCACAAAUUAUUGGCGACUGAUUAAUUUAUGUCAGACAAUAAAGCAGCAAUUGAUUAUUUCGAUUCUCUUAAGAGUAAAUUGAAUGAAAAUUGA